AUGUAAAAGGAGACGUGGCAGCUUCCUCAAACCUCAAGCAAAGGAACUCCCAAGGCCCUCCCCGCAUCUCUCAACUGUUUUACGCCGAUUGAAGUCUCUCCACCUCCGCUCACUGGGCAUUUCUCACCAACGUCUCUUCGCCCACGGAUUCAUGACCUCUUUCAACUCUCUUCCAACCCAUUUCACCCAAUGAGGAAUGCAGCUACGUCUCUCGCCCGUCACCGUCACCGCCAUGCCACUCUCCUUCGCCCUCACCACGCCUCAAUUCUCCCCAGAGCUUUGCAGCAUGACAGUAAUGUCGGGACUGUUCUAUGGACAUUUUUGUCCUCCAGAUGUCAGAGAAGUAUUGGAAUUGGAAGAAGAGAGGAUAACUGCUUGCCGCCGUAUCUCUUGGCCCGGAAUGCGUUUUCUACUGGCUAUACCAGUGUGCAUGGCGAGAGGCCAUCUGCAGAGUAUGCGAAGUUGAGGAAAGCAUCACUAGAAAGUGAAUUUGGGAAUAUCCUUGGAACUUAUAGUUCAAAAAGUGCUUCGAUUUUCUUCCAUUUUGGCCCAUUUUUGGCUUUGUAUAGAGCUGCAAUAAUCUCAUUUCAGGUGUUGAAACUAACCAUUUGGCACUUCUGUCUCCGAGACAUAAAAAAACGUUCCAUUAAGUUUCGUGAAACUCUGAUCCGCUUGGGGCCUUUCUAUGUGAAGCUGGGACAGGCUUUGAGCACCAGACCAGAUUUAUUACCAGCUGUAUAUUGCCAAGAGCUUGCCAAGUUACAGGAUCAAAUACCCCCAUUUUCAACUCGUGCUGCAGUUAAAUCUAUUGAAUCCCAGUUAGGCAUUCCUAUUUCAGAAAUAUUUGCUGACAUCAGCCCUGAGCCUAUUGCUGCAGCAUCCUUAGGACAGGUGUAUAAAGCUCACCUGCAUUCUGGAGAGCUAGUAGCUGUUAAAGUGCAAAGACCUGGUGUGUCGAUUUUAUUGACUCUUGAUGCCUUGUUAUUCAAUAUGAUUGGAGGCCAAUUAAAGCGAUUUGCCAAGGCCCGUCGGGAUCUGUUAGUAGCUGUUAAUGAGAUGGUAAGACAUAUGUUUAAAGAAAUUGAUUACAUCCUAGAGGGACAGAAUGCUGAGCGCUUUGCUUCCCUAUAUGGUUCCUACCAAUUUAGUGCUGAAAAGAGUCCAAAAGGUAGAACUGGUGAUUCUUUUGAGUACAAGAAGGUGAAACAUAUUAAGGUUCCAAAAAUAUAUUGGAACUUUACCCGCAAGGCUGUGCUGACAAUGGAGUGGAUAGAUGGAAUUAAGCUUACUGAUGAAGCUGGCAUGGAGAAAGCAUGUUUAAACCGAAAGGAACUAAUUGACCAGGGAUUAUAUUGCUCCUUAAGACAAUUACUUGAGGUAGGAUUUUUCCAUGCUGAUCCUCAUCCAGGAAACCUUGUCGCUACUGCUGAUGGAUCUCUGGCAUAUUUCGACUUUGGAAUGAUGGGGGAUAUUCCUCGCCAUUAUCGUGUAGGACUUAUACAAGUGCUUGUGCACUUUGUUAAUCGUGACUCUCUGGGUUUGGCAAAUGACUUUCUUUCUUUGGGAUUUAUUCCUGAAGGGGUUGAUAUUCAAUUGGUGUCAGAAGCAUUGCAAGCAUCCUUUGGUGAUGGGACUAGACAAUCCCAAGAUUUCCAGGCUAUAAUGAUCCAAUUGUAUGAUAUUAUGUAUGAAUUGAACUUCUCUCUUCCACCGGAUUAUGCCCUGGUGAUAAGAGCACUGGGAGCGCUGGAAGGCACAGCAAAAGCUUUGGAUCCUAGUUUCAAAGUAGUUGAGAGCGCAUAUCCAUAUGUCAUUGGGAGGCUUUUGGCAGACCCAAAUCCUGAUAUGAGGAAAAUAUUGAGGGAACUUCUCAUCCGUAACAAUGGCUCCAUAAGGUGGAAUAGGCUUGAGCGCCUGAUAGCAGCAGUAUCUGAACAAGCUUCUGAGUCUGCAGAGGAGUCCCCCGACACUAAAGGCAACUCUUCAAGUCCUUUGGAAUGGAAAUCAUUUGACAUGCGUGCUGUUGUUGCUGCCACUGAAGAUCUUUUCCAGUUCAUUCUAUCUAGAAAGGGUUUGAGGGUACGUGUUUUUCUCAUCCGAGACAUAAUUUCAGCAACCGAUAUUUUUCUGCAAGAUGAAGUUGUCGCAUGCAUUUUUUAUGAGAAGCUUGGAGCAAAAGUACCAUCAGAAUCGGAGGGAGAUGCAGUGCUGACAAGGGUAAUCAAUGGCUUUCGAUAUCUCAAACAAGCAAUAAACUUGGCACCGGAGGUUUGGACGGGCAUGCUAAUUCGCAUGUCAUUAAAGCCUGAGGUUCAUAGUUUUAUGCUGGACAUUAUCUCAGCAUUAGCCACCCAUUUUCGCCAUAAAAUUCCCGAGACUUUUUGGGUUUGUAUCUCUAAGCUCCUUCACAAGUUGGUGAGAAAAAACAGCCCUGAUGAUUUAUAAGAGGGGCAUUCAUUAAUCAUCUCUUAUACAGGCCAAUUUUAUUUGAGGCUUCACUCUGUAAAUAUCUCACACAGGGUUUAGAAGUGCAAAAUUUCUAUGAGCAGAGCCCAAAGAAAUUGUAUUUCUAGAUCCAAGUGAAGAGAAAACCAGGGAAAACUAGUUUAGAAAAAGGAACCCAGAGAUUUUGAAGGAUCAAAGCAUUGAACACAUGGUUUUUUGGCUGCUCAGAACCUAUCUUUGCUUCCUUCUAGAUUGUUUUUGAUUUUCCAACAAAGACGGAUCCAAGAUUUGCCUUUUAGUACUGUCGAUCUUUCCCUGAUUCGGAGUAGGCAUGGAACGCUUACUUGAAGACAUGCUUCAACAUAUUCAUUUUUUUUUUCCCUAGUUCUGAUGCUCAAGCUGUAACAUCCUUUUUCUAUAUACACUUGUUUAUGAUCGCUUAAAGGAAAACUAAUUUUGAUUAGUUGGAUUGA